AUGCUUCAGUAUCAGCUUCCAGUAGCUGUAGCUCUUGCCAGCACCGCUGUUGGCAGCUUCAUCGUAUUUCUAUACCUUGCCUAUCCCAGAGAAGGUAAAAUCCAGCUACCGAUACAUGGGGAGGAGACCGAACAAACUAUCGAUCCGUUUGAUGUCACAAAACCUGAGGAUGUCAUUGAAGGAUACCCAAUAGAUGAAGAUGCGUUUUGGAUCAGGAUGCGCUUAUGGAAGCUGUUUCUAACCAUCAUUCUGGCUAUAAUCCUAGCCAUCCAGACAAUAUGCCUUGCAUGGUCUGCUAUAAACGACGACCGCGAUGCUCUGAUUGUAUAUGCCUUGCAUGCUGCUUUUAGUCUCUACACGGUCAUCGUCGUCGCUCGUUCCAUAAAUCAAGAUAAUGCAGAGUACCACUCUGAAUCAUUGAUUCAUCUCGCUGCUUUGACAUUUGUCCCUUCUGCAUUACUCGCCAUAACUGCUAUCUUACCUUACACAAAACCCGACCGCGUGCUAAUUUUGGUAGACCCAGCCCUGAAAGGAUUGUGGUACGCAGUCCUCGCCUUAUAUCUUGUGGCAUGCAUCAUUUCUUGGACGUUACCAUCUGGACCCCACUUACAUUUUCCUGCGGAGAGAAUAUAUUCCGAAAAAACCAUCAAGGCAACGACAAAUUUUGCUCAACACAAUGUUUGUGGGCUUGCAAGUGCUUCUGUGUUGGACUUCCUGAUGUUCAACUACACCACCAAGGUUGUGAUGCUCGGGAAUAUCUCUUCUUCCUUAGAGAUUGGCGACCUUCCCAUUCUCCCCGCCAACAUGCGCGCAACACAUCUGUAUUCUGCUAUGAAGCAUACCGUUCGCAGUGUUCGCCUGCGUGUCGGAAACUGGCGUCCACGCGUUGGUUCUGGGUUCGAGCUUGCGUACCGGCUUGUCUGUGUCAACUGGUUUGCCCUUAUGGCAGAGGUUGUCCUAGCAGCUGUGUCUGCUGUACUUUUCUAUACGCCUCCACUCUUCCUUGAGCAACUUGUGUUGUAUCUCGAGUCUGAUCCCACCAGAGAAAACCCUGGCUGGGGCUUGGUAUAUGCCACAGGAAUAUUUUUCUCAAAUGUGAUAGUCUUCUUAAUAACUGCUCAGCUGUGGUCCCUCACGACGACUACAAUCCAGGUCCGCGUACGUAUCCAGCUCAACACCAUACUAUUUGCGAAGACCCUUGUUCGCAAGGAUAUUGCAUCGUCUUCUGCAGUCAAAUCUAGUGAUGAUAAAGCUGGGAAGGACGAUGCAAAGGAGAGCGAUGAUGAUGAUGAUUUUUCGAGCAAGGCUCAGAUCAUGACACUCAUGACAACGGAUGUUGAUCGUGUUAGUGAGUUCUCGUGGCACAUGUUCUCACUCAUCGAUUCGCCCAUUGAAAUCGUCAUCGGGACACUCUUCUUAUAUAAGCUUCUCGGCUCGUCAUGCUUCAUUGGUCUGGGAGUGACUUGUCUUUUCCUCCCCAUGAACCAUUAUGCUGGUAAAGUUGUCGUCCGUGCACAAGAAAAUCUCAUGAAGGCACGCGACGAGCGUGUUGCUUUGAUGAAUGAGAUUCUUGGUGGUAUUCGCAUGCUCAAAUUCAUGGCUUGGGAGCGUAGUUUCGAAAAGCGCGUCCUCAAGAUCCGAGAAAGGGAGCUCAAGUUCCAGAAGCUCAACUACACGAUUGAAGUCCUUUUUAAUGCUAUUUGGGAUGCAUCUCCAGUGCUUGUCACGAUCGUUUCAUUUUGGCACUUCUCUGUCAUCCGCGGAAACACACUCACGCCAUCCAUUGCGUUCACAUCUUACGUUUCAACUUACUUUCAUCAGACUUUGAUACCCAAUUUGCUUCUAGUUUUUGCUGAGAUGAAAUUCGCUUUGAAUGCCUUGCCCGAAACAUUCAUCAACAUGCUGCAGAGUUUCGUCUCUCUUCGUCGUAUCGAGAAGUACCUUCAUGGUGCUGAGGUCACCUCUGUCGCACCACUGUCCGAGCAGCCCUCAACCAUUACUCUGCAAUCAGCCACUAUCACCUGGCCGCAAGACCGUACUUCGGGCAGUGCUACGUCUUCUGCUGCAUCUUCAGUUGCACCAACCCCUCGACAAAAAUUCGUUCUCGUCGACUUGUCCAUUUCGUUCCCUCCAGGCGAGCUGUCGCUCAUAUCCGGUAAGCUUGGUAGCGGAAAGACCUUACUCUUAUUAGCGCUUCUGGGAGAAGCGGAUCUAUUGACAGGGCAGAUCAUUUGUCCGCGCUCACCUCCGGAUUCGCUUGCUUCUUUCACGGAUAAGCUGGUCUCAAAAGAGGAGUGGGUGGUACCUGGUGUCUGUGCCUAUGUACCUCAGGCUGCGUGGUUGCGCAAUGCGUCGAUUAAAGAUAAUAUCCUAUUCAAUCUGCCGCUCGAUGAAGAAAGAUACCAAAAAACUCUCCAGGUCUGUGCGCUUGUUAGUGAUUUAAACAUUCUCGAGGAUGGCGACGAGUCUGAGAUUGGCGAAAGAGGGGUUAAUCUAUCAGGUGGUCAGAAAGCACGAGUAUCGCUCGCUCGUGCAGUUUACUCUCGUGCAUCAGUUCUGCUGUUGGAUGAUGUCCUAUCCGCUGUCGAUGCCCAUACCGCGCACCACUUGUAUCACGAAUGUCUCAAGGGUGAAUUGAUGCAAGGCCGGACUGUCAUCCUGGUCUCUCACCAUGUUCAACUUUGCGCCCCUGGUGCCAGCUAUAUCGUUGCCCUGGAUAAUGGCCGUGUUAUUUACCAAGGAGACCACGAAAAAUUCCAAAACUCCAGCGUCAUGAAUACUCUUAUACAGUCGACUGCCACUGAAGCGGUGGAUGAUCAGGGCGGGGCUGGGGCACUCGAGAUCGAAGAGAUUUCACCAACUGGCGACGAUGAGUCCACCAACUCCCACUCAGGAACGGAAUCUACCGCUGUGACAACGGAGGAAGCGAAGCCUGAGCUCGCGAAGAAGGCCCCACGCAAACUUAUCGAGGAGGAAAAACGGGCCGUGGGACAUAUCAGCAGAGAUAUUUGGGAGACAUAUAUCCAUGCUUGUGGGCAGUAUUGGUACUGGGCAUGUUUUGCUCUCAUCAUGAUUCUGGGUGCUCUUAGCCCUGUAGCUGAAAACUGGUGGUUGAAGACAUGGUCUGGAACAAGCCCAGAGGAAGCAAUCGAGAAAGGUCCCAUGUAUUACAUUUCUAUCUACGCUAUUGUUACUGUGAUUGGUCUUAUCGUAUCCACAGCCCGCUUUUACGUUCUUUACAAUGGGUCCAUUCGUGCAUCCAACGUUCUCUACAAGAGGCUUCUUGAAACCGUUCUCUUUGCCAACAUUCGUUUCCACGACACAAUUUCUCGAGGAAGAUUGCUCAACCGGUUUGGAAAAGAUUUCGAAGGGAUCGAUAGUAGGAUGUCGGACAAUUUUGGACGCGGCGUCAUUUACGGGCUGAACGCAUUCACGACAAUUGUAACUAUUAGCAUGGUUGGAGGCCUGCCCUUCCUCGUUGUCGCUGCCAUGCUGGCCUACAUAUAUUUCAAUGUUGCUAAAGUAUUCAGUCAAACUGCCAGAGACAUGAGACGGUUAGAUUCCGUGACUCGAUCUCCUUUGUAUUCGAUUUACGGUGAAACUAUAUCUGGGGUGACAAUCCUUCGCGCCUUUGGAGGGUCUUCUAAAUUUUUACGAGACAUGCUUCAAUGUGUUGACACUAAUUCAAACCCAUACUAUUGGAUGUGGGGAGUAAACCGAUGGCUUUCUGCUCGCUAUGAUAUUAUUUCAAGUGCUGUUGUGGGAUUAACCGCUUUCGUAGCAGUCUUUACGCCCAGUAUCUCUGCUGCACUAGCAGGCUUUGCGUUAGCAUUCGCAUCAACCAUUACGGGCAAUUUGCUCUUCUUAGUGCGAAGAUUUGUGGGUCUCGAGCAAUCUAUGGUUGCCUUGGAACGUGUCAAGGAGUACUCUGAAUUGAAACGAGAACCUCCUGAAUUCAUUGAGCCAAGGCCGCCUUCGUCAUGGCCCGAAAAUGGCGCCAUCACUUGUGAUAACCUCGUCAUUCGUUAUGCUCCCGAGUUGCCAAACGUGCUUCACAACAUCAACUUUAACAUACAUCCCGGUGAAAAGGUCGGCAUCCUCGGUAGAACGGGUUCUGGAAAAAGUACAUUGGCAUUGUCUUUCUUCCGUUUCGUCGAAGCCACGGAAGGUCGGAUCCUUGUAGAUGGCCUGGAUAUAUCCCAAAUUGGUCUCACCGACCUUCGCAGUAAAUUAACCAUCAUUCCUCAGGAUCCGACGAUUCUUAGUGGGACUCUACGCUCGACUCUCGAUGUCUUCGAUGAGUAUCAAGAUGCUGAGAUCUUUGAGGCUUUGAGACGUGUACAUUUGAUUCCCUCAGAAGAUACGCCAUCUGAGGCCACUGAUACUGUCAACGCGAACGUCUUCCGCAGCUUAGAUUCAUCGGUUUCGGAGGGUGGAGAAAACUUCUCCACAGGUGAAAAACAAUUGCUCUGUAUGGCCCGAGCUAUUCUCAAGCGGUCAAAGGUCCUGGUCAUGGAUGAAGCUACAGCAAGUGUUGAUUACGCUACAGACGAACUAAUCAGCAAAACUAUCCGACAUGAAUUUGCUUCGAGCACCAUCCUCACUAUUGCUCAUCGCUUGCGCACGGUCAUCGACUAUGAUAGAGUUAUGUUGCUUGACGAAGGCCGUAUCGUAGAGUUCGAUCGCCCGGGUACUUUGCUUGCAGAUUCAUCGUCAGGCUUCCACGGUCUCUGUAAAGCAACUGGGAAGAAUGAAUUCGCGAUGCUGAAGCAGAUGGCAGGAUUGUAA